UAAGCCUCCCUGUGAAGACCUCCCUCCCCAAGACGCUGCCUGAUCCACCUGCAGGCUCUGUCCUCCCAGCCCCUCCUGCAGUCCCUGAAGGAAUCUGAGCCCUCCGGACCCCUCCCCAUUCCCCUCUCGGUUCCCCACCCUCCUUCUACCAUGUGCUGCCUUCGUCCCUGCUGGUCCUGCUGCUGUCUGCUCCUCUUUUUCUCCCUGGGAGUCCAGGGGUCCCUGAAUCCUAGUGCUGCCCCGGAGCAAGUCCACCUGUCCUACCCAGGGGAGCCGGGCUCCAUGACUGUAACCUGGACCACAUGGGUCCCAACCCCCUCUGAAGUGCAGUUUGGGCUGCAGCUCUCGGGGCCCCUGCCCUUCCGGGCUCAGGGCACCGUCAGCCCCUUUGUGGAUGGUGGCAUCCUCCGGCGGAAGCUCUACAUACACCGGGUCACACUGCAGAAGCUGCUGCCCGGGGUCCAGUACGUUUACCGCUGCGGCAGUGCUCAGGGCUGGAGCCGGCGGUUCCGCUUCCGGGCGCUGAAGAAUGGGCCGCACUGGAGCCCCCGUCUGGCUGUGUUUGGGGACCUGGGGGCUGACAAUCCCAAAGCCCUACCCCGGCUGCGCAGGGACACCCAGCAGGGCAUGUACGACGCUGUGCUCCAUGUGGGAGACUUUGCCUACAACAUGGAUGAGGACAACGCCCGCGUCGGGGACAGGUUCAUGAGGCUCAUCGAACCUGUGGCCGCCAGCCUGCCGUACAUGACGUGCCCUGGGAAUCACGAAGAACGCUACAACUUCUCCAACUACAAGGCUCGCUUCAGCAUGCCAGGGGACAACCAAGGCCUGUGGUACAGCUGGGACCUGGGCCCGGCACACAUCAUCUCCUUCUCCACCGAGGUGUAUUUCUUCCUUCAUUACGGCCGCCACCUGGUGGAGAGACAGUUUCACUGGCUGGAGAGGGACCUCCAGAAAGCCAAUAAGAACCGGGCAGCCCGGCCCUGGAUCAUUACCAUGGGUCACCGGCCCAUGUACUGUUCCAAUGCCGAUUUGGAUGACUGUACCUGGCAUGAAAGCAAGGUUCGCAAAGGCCUCCUGGGCAAAUUAUAUGGAUUGGAGGAUCUUUUCUACAAAUACGGGGUCGACCUGCAGCUGUGGGCUCAUGAGCACUCGUAUGAACGUCUGUGGCCGAUUUACAACUACCAGGUAUUUAACGGCAGCCGAGAGACGCCCUACACCAACCCUCGGGGCCCUGUCCACAUCAUCACCGGAUCUGCCGGCUGUGAGGAGCGGCUGACCGCCUUCACCCUCUUCCCUCGGCCCUGGAGCGCCGUGCGCGUGAAGGAGUAUGGCUACACGCGGCUGCACAUCCUCAAUGGGACCCACGUCCACAUCCAGCAGGUGUCUGACGACCAGGACGGGAAGAUUGUCGAUGACAUCUGGGUGGUGAGACCCCUGCUUGGCCGGAUGAUGUACCACUAGGGAUGGGGGACAGCUCUCAUCGGGCAUCCUGGGCCUGGCUACCCUGGCUGGGGUGCCCAGGCGUAGGAGGAGAGACAGGGCGGGCCUCAACUCCUUUGCCCCCCUCAGCCCCCCGUGGGGUGGAUGCAGCCCAGAGGAGCCUGGAGCAGCUUUUCCCUCCCAGAGAGGUGGGGGUCCCGACUAGCUGCACUGAGAGAGCAGGUGCAGGGGCAGAGCGAAGCAAGACAAGUCUUGGGUGACACAGCCCUGCUGUCCUGCAUGGCACUGCCUGGGCGGCGUGCCCACAGGGCCUCAGGAAUAAAGAGGCUUAUGGCUGUGGCUCCAUGGACUCUGAACUUCUGCUGGGGAUGCCCCGCUGGGCCACCUCUCCUGAGCAAAGGGCACAGGCAUGUCCCAGCCCCAACUCUGCAGGGUGGGCUCAGCCAUCAUGACCCCGAUCUCCAGCAGGUGGCACCAGUGACUGUCUCUUCCUGGCCAGCCCUCAGUGCCAACCAGAGGACUGGCUCCAGUGGCCCAAGGAGUGCUACCCAGUGUCCCCCUUGUGCCUCAGUUUCCCAGCUUGACCGUGACUUAUCCUGGGAGCGGG